AUGUCAGCAAAACCGGCCAAUACCAGUCCUCCCCGGAGUACGUCUUCGCGUAGAAAUGUCCCCUACGCUACUCCGCACGGCGAGUCGAAGCCGAACUCGCGCACGCCCUCCGCUGCCAAAUCUGCGCUGCGGGCCGUGGAUGGCAAGAAAUGCCUUAUCACUCGUCAACAGGAUAGCGCAAUCGAGUUGUGUCACAUCUUGAGGAGGAGCCUCAGAGAUGAACAGCUCGCCUUUUUUCGCGAUAUCGGUAUCCUUCUGAACAUACACAGCAGAGGGAAUCUCCUCUCUCUGGAUGCCUCCUUGCACCUGUCUUUUGACAGGAACGAAUGGACAAUCGUUCCUACCGAAAUGACGUUGUCGUGGAUGCUGAACUACAUAGAGGACCCAGGGGAAGACGGCAUGACGUUCGAAGGGAUGUGGUCGUCAUCCCACAUAGCGAAUUCUUCGCAGUGGCAAACUUACGAGUUUGCGUCUUUCCCAACGUUUAAGCGUUGUUUUGCGCUCCUUGUCGAAGAGCCCGCAGAACAUCUUUUCGUCGUUCCCCGCAUCAGCUACGCCUUGUAUCUUCCUUCGGAGGGUCCUUCGCCGUUUCUGCAAACCAACUACCGCGUUCAUCCGUACAAUUCUGAUGUUCGCCCUUAUCCGAUGAAGCCGUUCAAACAUCACGGCCACCCCCUUCUGAUCCUGAUGGCUGCUGCCAUGAGGUAUGCUCAUAACAAACUCAACUUGACCGGGUCGCAGCAGCAACGUCUCGACAAUAUGGUCAAAGUCCUGAAGGAGUGGUUGAAGAAGAAGGCUGUGGAUGCCCCGCCGGAGAAGCUGCCGCAAGAGGAUCAGGGUUCUAAUCCUGACGACGAUGGUCCCGAUAAGAAGGAUGAAGUCCCUCCUCCGCCAGAUCCUCUCGUCGCCGCCCUCGCUCAGAUCAACACCCUCACCGGCUACAAAGGGAAGAGCGCUCCAGCUGAAAAGCGCCCCGCUCCGGGCGAAUCGGGUGAUGAACCUCCCUCAAAGAAGAGGGUAUCGUCAAAUGAUCUGGUCUCUGGUGUGGAGCCUCCCUCAGAUAUCGUCGCUGCGCCUGAUCCUCUUCCCGAUACCGACGCGAUCGUUGAGAUGUUGCUUUCGAUGGGAGAUCUGUCGGCUGAACGCCGUUCGUCCCGUGUCGAAAGCACCUUCGACGGAUCCGAAUUCUCUGUGGAAGAAGAUCCCGGGUCGUUGAGCGACGGAGACGAGUCUCCACCUUCGCCUCCCUCGUCGCGAAAUCCUGCUGCAAUUCGGUCUGCAUCGACGAAGCUCGUUGCUGUUCCGGCUUGCGUCUCGCCAGAUCGUGUUCUUUCGUGGGUGGAGUCGUCGAGCGGGGCAAUGGAUCCCAUUGCAGAGUCGUUCUAGUCGAUGAUGUUGAUAUGUUUGUGGAAAGCUGGCCUGUAUGGUUAGUUCUUUGGUCUGCAUGGUACUGUCUCUUAUCCACACCGUUGAAUGUCUUCAUUCCUUUCAGUUCGGCGUACUUUCCAUCGUUAGCAUUCA